AUGUAUUACGGGACGACUUCCAAAAAGGUUGCAAAGCAUCAACCUACUUUGGAAAAAUCAUCGAAUUCGACAACGGAUCCAUUGAUAUCAAAAAAUGUACCACCACCACAUGCUCCACAACAAAAGAAAACAAAGCACGGAAAUAAUUUUAAAUCACUUGCGAUUUAUCUAUACAAUUUAUAUUAUACACAUCUUCAUUUCAAUCGGUUGGUUUUUAUAGUUCAACAUAAUAAUCUCAAUGUACAAGAACAAAUUGUACUUCGAGAAGAAUUGAAAAGAAAGGGAGCGAUACUUACAGCAGUACGUGGAAGCAUAUUUGGAUCCGUCAUACGUCAAUCCAUAUACAGUAAUUUAUUACCUCUGGUGGUUGGACCAACUUGUUUGAUCGGAUCAAACGUUGGUGAUGAUGAAAAUCCAAGAUUAGUUGCUGAUAUUCUUAAUAUCAUUAGUAAUAAUAAGAAAUUGGUAUUGGUUGGUGGUAAAAUGGAUAGAUCUUUAUUGGAUUUGGAAGGAUUUCAACGGGUUGCAAAAUUACCGGGAUUGAAACAUCUUCAAAGUGAACUCAUUGGAUUGUUGAAUUCGCCCAGUUCAAGGAUUGUUGAAUUGUUGAAUCGAAAUGCUCAAGAUUUGGUUUUCACCCUUGAAACUCACAAGAACAAUUUGGGUGAACCAAAUUCGGGGGAGAAGUGA